AUGCCAGUCACAAACCCAGUCCCAGUCUCGGACUCAACCCAACCUCCCACAACAACUUUGGAAUCAACUUCAACUUCGUCAUUGACAGUCGUACCAGCAACAUACACAGAGAACUCGGUAGCUCAGUUGUCAACUAGGAUACCACUUGUACCUCGACGAUGGCGAUCCCUGGAUUCGACUACAGGUAACAUCAACAAUGGCCGUAAUUUAGAGAAAGAGAGAUUAGAGAAGAUUGAUUUUCUUCUUCGAGAAAUCUAUUACGUAGAGCAAGAAUUGAAGGGCGCGGAAACAAGAAUAUUGAAGCUUCGAGAUGAGCUGUAUGCGUUGGAUGAAAUAGAAUGGAGUGUUCAACGUAUUGAAGAUUUCUUAAGGAAACUGGAAUGGAUAAAGGAAGAGAGAAAAGAGGUCCAAGGAGAAGGGAACGAAGAAGCUGGAAGCGAUGGAUCUUUUAAAGGGGAAGUAGAAAGAGAUACUAGUAGUUGA